AAAAUUAUACCAUGAUUUUUUACUCAUUGUACAAAAUUCAAAACAAGAUAUACACAUGAAAACAUAAAAAAAAAUAAUAAAAAUUCUCUGUUAAAACUCGUUAAAAUUUAAAUACUAUUAAGACUUAUAUAAAAAAAUUAAAUGAAACCCAGAAUUUUUUACCAAACUAAGAGGUGAUUUUUUCAUAAAUUAUAUAAGAGCCGUGACUGGAAAUGAAACGAAACGGUUACCACCAUGUAUGCUGCAUGUAGUAUUGUACACGCGGUCAUACACGAUGGUAUUUUUUGGUGCAACUCUGCUCCGGCACUUUAGGCACAAGUCGGCAGCGGCACUUCACAUUGCGGAGUCCGCCAUUUUAACUAAAAAAUCUUUAACCCUAGCUCGUUCGGCAAGAGGUGUGAACAGAGGUCAUUUGCAACUUGGAAUUCAAUUUGUUCGCGAAUAUUCGAAAGCGUCGAAGAUGAGUACUUUGCCUAAAGUAUUUUUUGAUAUGACCGCCGAUGGCGAGCCCCUCGGCAGGAUUAUCAUGGAGCUUCGCUCCGAUGUCGUUCCAAAAACUGCUGAAAACUUCCGCGCCCUGUGCACUGGCGAGAAGGGUUUUGGUUAUAAAGGUUCCAUAUUUCAUCGUGUCAUCCCGAACUUCAUGUGCCAGGGCGGCGACUUCACCAAUCAUAACGGUACUGGAGGCAAGUCCAUCUACGGCAACAAGUUCCCCGAUGAGAACUUCCAGUUAAAGCAUACCGGUUCUGGCAUCCUGUCAAUGGCUAAUGCCGGCGCCAACACCAACGGAUCCCAAUUUUUCAUUUGCACUGUAAAGACCGCUUGGUUAGACAACAAGCACGUCGUUUUCGGCGAGGUCGUCGAAGGUUUGGACGUUGUCAAAAAGAUUGAGUCGUACGGCUCCCAGUCUGGAAAGACCUCUAAGAAGAUUAUGGUGGCUAACAGUGGUUCUCUUUAAGAUGAAUAUCCAUUCAAAGCAUCAUGAAUGAUAAAAAUCUGAUAAGACGAAAACUAUUUGCAUUUUCUUAAACAAUUUUUUUUUUUUUGAACAAAUUACUGUAAUAUGAAAUACAAUAUAACAAUAUUUUCAAUGCACAUGUUUAAAUAUACCAAUCGGUUACUGGCCAAAAAUAAAUUGUAUGCUGGGGCCAACAUUUUAUCAAAUGUAAAUUGUCUGAAAAACUUUCGAUCCCGUAGGUCGAAGUAAGUGGCAGCCCCACAAGUUCUAAAUGAGCGUAGUUCACAUUUUUUUUCUUUACGUUUCUAUUGAGUUUAUAAACCUUGUCGCCUUGGCGGAAAGGUAUAGCAAUAUAUUUUCGUUCCAAUAAAGGAUACACGUUUUAAAACGUAAGUUACAGACUUGCAACGUGUUGUAUCACAUACUGAUA